UGUUGUCCACCCUUCUCACACCAGCACCAAGCUUUUUUUUCCUCCUUAUUAUUACAACCUCAAAUUCUCAGAAGCCAUGGUGGUAAACCUCUCUCCCUCUCCACCUUCACAUUCCAGUUCUAUCAUCAGAUUGGCCAAUUCAAAGUCACCCAUCUCAGAACCUUCCUUCAAGCACAGGACCCUCUUCCCCAAACCACUUUUUUCUCCUUCAUUUGCUUCCCCCAGAUUGAACUUCACUUGCAAGAAGCAUUUUUUGCAUGGGAAUAGCAGGAGCACGGUGGAUUUUAGGACCUGGUCUAUUGCUGGAUUUGAUUAUGGGAACUUUGAGGGUCCUCAAUCUGUUCUUGAGGCUGCUGCAGUGUUGACAGCUAUCAUUGUUGUUCAUGAGAGCGGUCACUUUCUUGCUGCUUCUCUCCAAGGAAUCCAUGUGAGUAAGUUUGCUGUUGGGUUUGGUCCAAUUUUAGCUAAGUUCAAUGCAAACAAUGUAGAAUAUUCCAUCAGAGCUUUUCCUCUUGGUGGCUUUGUGGGGUUCCCUGAUAAUGACCCAGAGAGUGAUAUUCCUGUUGAUGAUGAAAACUUGCUUAAGAAUAGACCAAUAUUGGAUAGGUUGAUUGUGGUAUCAGCAGGUGUUAUUGCCAAUGUAAUUUUUGCAUUUGUUAUUAUCUUUGUUCAAGUCCUUUCUGUUGGUUUGCCCGAGCAAGAGGUUUUCCCUGGAGUGAUUGUGCCUGAAGUUAGACCCUUUUCAGCUGCUUCUAGAGAUGGGUUGCUUGCUGGUGAUGUGAUCAUUGAAGUCAAUGGAAGUGAGUUUCCUAAGUCAGGUCCUAAUUCUGUUUCUGAAGUUGUUGAUGUCAUCAAGAAGAACCCUAAGAAAUAUGUUUUGCUCAAGGUCAAGAGGGGGGGAGAGAACUUUGAAAUUGGGGUCACCCCAGAUGAGAAUUUUGAUGGAACUGGCAAAAUUGGAGUUCAGCUAGCCCCAAAUGUGAGGAUAGCUAAGUCUGCUAGUAAGGUUUCAGGUCCUGUAGCCAUUAUUGCUGUUGGUGCUGAAGUUGCGCGAUCAAACAUCGAUGGUCUCUUCCAAUUUGCAGCCAUUCUCAAUAUUAACCUUGCUGUUAUCAACCUUCUUCCUUUACCAGCUUUAGAUGGGGGUACAUUGGCUUUAAUUCUCAUUGAGGCUGCAAGGGGUGGGAGAAAGCUACCUCUAGAAGUGGAGCAACGGAUCAUGUCCUCGGGAAUUAUGCUUGUUAUUAUUCUUGGGUUAUUCCUUAUCAUUCGAGACACCCUAAACCUUGAUAUUAUCAAAGAUAUGUUGUAAUUAUUGUGAAUUCUCAGUAAUAGUUGGCUUUGAAAAAUAUUUCAUGAUUCUCAUCAGCGUAGCUGUAGCACCAGUGUUGUAGCCAGUGGUAGAUCUGUAGAGUAGACAAGAUCAUUUUAAAUUAUUGAGGUAAGUUUCUUCCUCCAAGGAUGUUGUGUGAGAGACAU